AUGGACACUCAGGGUCAGCCGCAGGACUCCGGGCCGUUUUUGCCACCAAUCUUCCGGUCGAACACGAUUCUGCCGAUCGAGGCCCAGCUGGCGGCCGUCUACAACGAGGAGACGAACGAGACUCGCUUCGAAUAUUCCGUGGUGUGGGAGGAAGAAGUGGCCAGCGCGGGCGGCGCCACCGGCGCGAUGAGCCUCCUCGGCCUCGGCGAGCUCUCCGAGUUCCGCCCUGUCUCCUCCAACUCGAGCCGCAUCCACGUCAACAUCGAACGCGACGGCGGCGUCAAGUGCGAUGGCCCCUGCGAGCAGUACCACCUGCCGGACCAGCUCACGCUCGUCGGCCGCUGCGACCACUACCUGUGCCGCCCGUGCUCGCAGAUCGUGAUGAACGCGGACGGGUCGACGGGCUGCUCGAAGUGGGAGUGCUACCGCAACAUGUUCGCCUGGCUGCCCAGCGACGUCUCCACCCAGCUCUACAACCAGUACGUCGUCUCCCGCCAGCGCGACAUCAAGAAGGCCGCCCCCUGCUGUCGCCCCGACAAUGGCGGCUGCAGUGCCACCCCCGCCAAAAGCCUGCGCAGCCCGUCGCUGAACACGGGCGAAUGUGUGGAGAGCCCCGGCACCGGCCCGCGCAGCCAGAGUGUCGCCGUCCGGCUGCUCAUCUUCGAGCCGGGCCCGAAGCACAGUCGCAAGGUUGAACACAUCCAGCAUGACGUCUCGCCCAACACCACGCUCGCCAACGCCAUCGGCCCCAUCGCCAAGGGCAAAGAAGGGGAGAACGGUGCCACCAUCUACCUGGUGCAGCACGACGCGAAGAACCCGAAAAAGAACAAGCUCAUCCCGUUCUCCAUCAAGUACGACGGCGCCGAGCCGAUCGGCAAGUUUGCCCCCGACGGCCGCAUCAUCUUGGCCCUCGACCUGACCGGCCAGAUCAAACCCACCGACAUUGAUUUU